AGUACCUUGCAAAUGAGAAUAUUCUACCUGUGAGGCCAGAAGUCAGAAUUGAUGAUAGAUAGGUUUGGACUCCCAGCAGGGAGAGGAGAGUUAAAAGGGGAAAGAAGAGAAGGGAGAAGGCACAUGGUGUUGAGCAUCAGAGUCCAGUUACUUCAGUUGUUCAGCUUCAGUUCACUGGUUACCAUUGCUGUGGAUGCCUGCUCUGGUAGUCACACAAGACCAUUUUUACUAGGAAGUUGGAUAUUUUAUGAUUUUUGGCAUGUUUCUUUCUUUGAAACCUAGAUGAAGAUCCAGUUUCAGGUAUAAGAUUCACUGGAUGAUCAUUUCACUGAGAUCAACUUGAACAACCAGGUUAAAAGUGCAAGAGGAAUGUGCUGUGGCUGAGGCAGCUCAACAUUUUUCAUUGCCAAUCUCUACUUUGGUUCUGCAAACGAAACCAUAUCUCCAGCAGCCGCUAAAGCCCAGGAGUCCAGUAAAUCAUCAAACAGACUAAUUAAUAAUGACUGAAAAACAGCGGGAAGAAGCAGAAUGGGAGAGCAUAAAUGUGCUGUUGACGACACAUGGCUUAAAACCUUUAUGUCUAGUCAAAAGAACAGAUCUUAAAGAUCUCAUCAUUUUUGACAAACAGUCAUCACAAAGGAUGAGACAGAACUUGACAACAUUGGUGGAAGAAACAUCCCGUCAACAGAGCAUGAUCCAGGAACUCAUAGAAACUAAUCAGCAGCUUAAAAAAGAACUUCAGCUAGAAAAAUGCCGAGUAGUAGAUCAGGAACAACGAGCUAAUGACUUGGAACAAAUUUUGGAGAGUGUGAAAUCCAAAGUCAGUGAAUUGGAGGAUGAAUCCCUAAAUAGGGUCUGCCAGCAGCAGAAUAAAAUAAAAGAUCUUCAAAAGGAGCAUACAGCUUUGCAGGCAAAAUGUCAGUAUUAUAAGAAAAAACGAUUGGAGCAAGAAGAGACUAUUGCUUUUUUGCAAAAGGAUAUUUAUAGAUUAAAAAAGGAGGAAGAAGAGCGCAUUGUUACUCAAAACCGAGUGUUUUCUUAUCUCUGCAAAAGAGUUCCUCAUACCGUCUUGGAUAGACAGUUGCUUUGCCUAAUUGAUUACUAUGAAUCUAAAAUUAGAAAACUUCAUAAACAAAGGCAAUAUAGAGAAGAUGAAAGUCAGUCAGAAGAAGACGACUACAGAAGUCUUGAUGCCUCACUAACUUAUAAAGGCCUUCUUAUGUCAUUACAGAAUCAGUUGAAGGAAUCAAAAGCUAAGAUUGAUGUACUUUUAAUUGAAAAGCUGAAUCUCCAAAAAGAUUUGGAAACCAGGCCCACACAGCAUGAAUUAAGACUUUAUAAGCAACAGGUGAAGAAACUGGAGAAAGCCCUAAAGAAAAAUGUCAAAUUACAGGAUCUUAUCAGUCAAAACAAGGCUGAGGACACAGAGAAAAAAGAUGAACCCAGCAAAGAUAACCAGCAGCAGGCCCUAAUUGACCAGAGAUACUUUCAGGUGCUGAAUAGCAUCAAUUCAAUUAUUCACAAUCCAAGAGCUCCAGUAAUAAUUUAUAAACAGAGUAAAGGAGGAGCCCAACAUUUUAAUAAAGAUCUCGUUCAAGAUUGUGGAUUUGAGCAUCUUGUUCCUGUAAUAGAAAUGUGGGCAGAUCAACUGACUUCCCUAAAGGAUCUAUAUAAGUCCUUGAAAAUACUAUCUGCAGAAUUGGUGCCUUGGCAUACUUUAAAGAAGCAGGAUGAAAAUGAAGGUAUCAAAGUUGAGGAUCUAUUGUUCAUAGUAGAUACCAUGUUGGAAGAAGUUGAAAAUAAGGAAAAGGACAGCAAUUUGCCAAACUUUGAAACUUUUCAAGCUAUUGUUUCUCACUUCCAAAAAUUAUUUGAUGUUCCUUCUUUAAAUGGAGUCUAUCCCCGAAUGAAUGAAGUUUAUACUAGACUUGGAGAAAUGAACAAUGCUGUGAGAAACCUCCAAGAACUCUUAGAAUUAGAUAGUUCAUCUUCCUUGUGUGUGCUGGUGAGCACAGUUGGAAAAUUGUGUAGGCUGAUUAAUGAGGAUAUAAAUGAACAGGUUAUGCAGGUAUUGGGACCUGAAGAUCUUCAAAGCAUUAUCAUCAAAUUGGAAGAACAUGAGGAAUUUUUUCCAGCAUUUCAGGCAUUCACUAAUGAUCUACUUGAGAUCUUAGAAAUUGAUGACUUGGAUGCCAUUGUACCUGCAGUAAAGAAAUUAAAAGUACUUUCAUACUGAAAACAAAUCAUUUUUACUGUGUAAAUUGUAUUCUUAACAUUCUAAGCAUUUUGUAGGAUUGAUCUUACUUUUGAGACAAGGGUUACAAAAUGUGUUUACUCUCAGAAUUCAUCCCCUUCUUAGUAUUGGACCCCCCGACUCAUAAUUUCAAUUAACUUUGAGAUUCUUAUGUAGGAAACAGUUAUUAAGUUAGAGUAGUAAGUUAACUUUAGAUCCUUUAAUUACAAUAUUUCUUAAGCACUUCUUGAGUGCUCAAAAUUUAAGAUUGUUUUGAGAUAUAAUGAGUAAAAGAAACUCAAGGAGAGAUUGAGAGUAAUAAAAAGGUCACAUAUAAGUUCAGGGUUUAGUGACCUUUCUUGUUCUGGGAACAAGGAAUGCCAGUGACUCUCGUAAGUCCAGCCAGUAGGAAGUUAUUGCUUUCCUGGCAAGAAAGUGGCACAUUCUAUUAGGAUAUCCCUCAUGGCACCUGUCCUGUCAAAGCAGGAGGAAGAAGGAGGAAAUGUGUUAGAGUAGGAAAUGAAUUACCAGGUAAUGUAGGUGAGUAGAUAAAAGUCUCAUUAAAAAGUGUCUUUGUUUGCAAUCUUGAUGUAAUGUACUUUUUAUAAGGGCAUGAGAUCUUAAAUAAAAUUUUUGUGAAGGAUUUUCAAA